AUGAUUGGUGUUUCACAGGAUGUGCAUUAUCUCUGCGUGCCAUGUGCAAAUGAAAUUCGAGCUGCAUUAGGGCAAGAUGUCACGAACUUGGACGGAAGAACUUUAAAGAACUAUGCAUUGCUUAUCAGUUUUGCUGAGAAGGUAACAUUUAGCCUUCAGUGCUACGCAUGCAAUCCAUGACAAAAACAACACUCAUGCAGAAUAUUUAUUCUUAAUAGAUAUCUUUUUGCUACAGUCUGAUUCAUCUGAAAAGAAUCUUCAGGUAGUAAAUCUUCAGGUCAAUGCCUGCAGAUUCUUUUCAGCUGAAACAGGCUGUAGCAGCUAGACUUUUGAGGUAAGUGAAAAUUGUAUAUAGAUAUACAUAUAUAUAUACAAUAUAACUAUUUCAGGUUAUCCAACUGGCAGAUAUAAAUUUUUCUUGAAUGUAAUACUUCCAUAUGGUGCCAACAAAUACCAGUCUCAAGGUCAACUCUCGUCUUGUUCUUCGUCACCGUCCGAGUCGGGCGAACCAAUCAUCGUGUAUGUUUUGAUAAAGUGCAUUAAAGAGUACAAACUCACAAUACCAAAGGUUAGUUUUCAUUAAACACGAUUACUCUAAUACGCCUAACAAUGUUAUACACCUGGUAUGUCCCACAUUUUUCCAAAGUUUAUAGUAGAAAACCCGAAAGUCAGAACAUGAAUAUAGCAACAGUGUAUAGUCAACAAAAGAUAGCGUUAAUACAAAUUAUAAAAUAACCUAUAUAUAAUUUUAAUGUAUGUAUGUAUGUAUGUAUGUGGUUUGGUCCACGAAAUACUAGAGAGUGCUCGAUAUCGUAUAGAUAGAGCAAAUACAAAAGUUUUGCUUACCAGCAAAGAUGAUUCCUAUACGGAUGAAACAGACUGUAGUGGACGACUUUUGGUAAGCAAAACUUUUAUAUAUAUUUCAAAAACUCAUGAAUAAUUCAUGAAGCAAUAAUCCAAUCUUGAGUAAGAAAUUAGUCACAUGCAUACGUCUUUAUAUAUACCAGCUAAAGAACUUUAUUAUGCAAUAAUACAAAAGACCAUUGUUAGGCAAACUAUAUAAAGAUUUUUAUAUAAAGAUUUUUAUAUAAAGCUUUUUAUAUAAAGAUUUUUAUAUAAAGAUUUUUAUAUAAAGAUUUUUAUAUAAAGAUUUUUCAUAUUCAGAUUUGACUUAUUAUGCAAACGUUUUCGAAGCCAUUUAAAAAACUCGCAGGUCGUGUUUCAUUAGGUCUAAAGCCACUCGCGCUGUGCGCUCUUGGCUUUAAACCUAGUAAAACACUCCUGGUCGUUUUUUAAAUAGUACAUUAAAGAAGUUAAAAUGUUAUAUAUACAUGUUCUAAUUUUGAAUUAAAUUUCUAAAAUUUUAUAUAGAUGUUGACUUGCAUAAAUCCUGACGUGAGCUUUUCAACUGACAAAUCCAAUAUUAGAGUAAGAGGUGCAGCUAUAUCUCUUAACUGCUUAUGGAAUUUGAUAACAAUGAGCGGACACGCACCCCCAAUAGAAAACAUCGACACAUUGAAGCAGGAGAUUGAAGAGCUUGAAAUUGGUGCUACCAAAAAGAGGAAACAGUUCUUCAACAAAACACCUAAUGGUACGAAAAUAAAGAGAACUCGAACAACUAUGGGAACAGACGUGGAAGUAAUAUCAAAGAAAUGCGUUAUUAUUAAGCAUUCAGCUUUUGGAGCAGCUAGCUGGGCUGUAUUUUCAGAAGGUAAUGUAAAGAUAUAUUAUUCGCUUCAUUCAUAA